AGAAAACAUACGCACACUGUGAGAGAGAGCUGAGAUGCAGCCUGUCUUCUCCCCGGAAAAUCUCACCGGCGUAACCGUAAUUUGAUUCGCAGAAUCUCUCAAUUCAACCCCCCGCCCGGAGAUUCCGUUAUGGUAAUCGUUGAAGCUUGUCAGCUCGCCCUUCCAAACCCUUCUCUUUCCUAUCCCUUUCCACCUCCCCACAUCACUUCCUUCCUCUUCGAUCCCAACUCCCUUUCUCUCGCCCUUCACCAUUCCGACACCUCUCUCUCUCUUUACCCUUCCUUUUCUCCUCUUUCUCUUUCCUCUUUCCCGCCCCCUUCGUCGCUCAUCCCAGCUCCCACUUCCUCCGCCGCUUUCCUCCACCUCCACCACCCCUCUAGCCCUAAUCCCUUUUCGGUUUUCCUAACUACGUCGCCUUUUCACGGUGGCACUUCCGUCCUGCUCCGUUUUUUUAUGUUCAAUCCAACCAGGAAGGUCUGUUCGAAGCUGAGAGUUCGAUCCACUCACAGGGAUUUAAAGGUUGAUGACAAGAGGUUCGGGGUUGUCUUUGCCGUUUCUCACGGGGUCUCGUUGAAAUUGGAAGGCGGGAGCAAUGUGUUUGCACUGUACUCGGUUUCGAAUUCCAAGAUAUGGGUUUUUGCUGUAAAGUUGGUGACAGAGUUUGAGGAGGUGAAAUUGAUGAAAUGUGCUGUGAUUGAUUGUGUAUUCCCAGUGUUUUCUAUCAGCAUAAAAUUUGGCCAUUUGAUUUUGGGGGAAGAGAAUGGGGUUCGGGUUUUACCGCUGCGGUCUCUUGUGAAAGGGAAGACUAAGAAAGACGGGAGAGUGAACAGUCGGAGGAAUGUGAAUGUAGGGGUGGAGAAAAGUGGUAGUAAGUUGCACAACGGGUUGAUCCAAGGACCCAAUGGAACUGAGCUCGUAGUUUAUCCCAAUAGGCAUCGUGUGCACAAUGUGGAAGCUGCAGAAGGAUCGUUAACUGAUGAAUUAUAUGAUGGAGUGGAAGGAAAGACAGGAAAGCAUACGGAGUCGGUGAAGUUGAGGACCAUGAAAUUUAGACUAGGCUCGAAAGAGUGCGGUGAAUGUUUUCUAGCAUUUAAUAUUGAGGAAGCUAAAAAUUUGGAACCUUCCAAGAAGCUGGAGAAGCCACCAAAGGCAAUCUCAAUCCAGGCGCUAUCGCCAAGCAAGUUCUUGGUCUUGGACUCAACUGGAGUUUUGCACCUUUUAUCUUUCCCCAGUUCUGCUCGUGGAUCAGAAUCUCCUUAUCAGAUGAAACAAUUGACUCAGAAGAUGAAAGUUUGCAAAUUUUCGGUUCUCCCGGGAGCUCAGGCAGUUUGGAUAUCUGAUGGCCAGUAUACAGUACAUGAAAUUGUGUUGCCAGACGAAGAGACUUCCAACAGUGAAACUGACGGGAAAGAGGAGGGUAGGAUUUAUCGUCAUUGCAAUCAUUGCUUUUGAACUUUGACUUAUUUGUUUGCCUUGUGCAAGUUUUAUAAGACGAAAGCUAUUUUGUUUUCAUUCCUUUGUAUGGUGUUAUGUUCUCACGGAUUUCAAUGUUGCCUGGCAUUGUCCAAGACUUCUUUUGUUGAUUUGUCGGAUGUGUCUUAAAUGUUACACGUGGUUCUUAUUAUGAUUUAGAACAAGUUCACGUAUUAAUGAUUGCCUAAAGAAACGGGUCGGCUUUUCUUGUCAAUUACUAUAUAAAGAAGAGUUGUAAAGUAUAGGACUUUUUGUUCGAGUAUGAAUAUUUCGGGUUUAACCUAUAUUCGAUCCUUUGGAGCAUAUUCGCCUUCCCCUUAAUUAAGGAAUGGUGGGACGGGGAAUGGGAGGCUUAUUUGUCACUGGUUCUUAUUACUCUCUGUCUUCGCUUACAAGGCAUUGCAACACGUGUCCAAAUGGUUUUUUUUUUUUCUCAAUGAACGUGUCACAGCUUGAUGGAACCUUCUAAUAGGAAAGCAAAUUAUCUUUUCUGCCAUAAAGUUUAAGUUUUAACUUUUCUUGGAAAGAUUGUGCCUUACAUUGAUCUUGAAUGUUGCUCAUGUUUAUCUCCACUUAUUUGUAAUCAAUCCCCUUUUGAACUUGUAUUUCCAUUCUGUUUCUCGCUGUACCAACCUUUACAAUUGUGAUGUUCUUUUGACCAGUUAAGCGAGCAAUUUUUACCAGUGAAAAGAUCCAAGAUGUUGUGCUUGUAGCUAUUGAUGCAAUUUUGAUUCUUGGGCAAGGUAUGCUAAAAAUUCAGGUUCCAUGUCAUGUUCUGAAGUAGAAGUUUGGAGUUCUACUUUUUUUUUAAUAUUAUUAUUAUUAGUAUUAAAUUUUUAUAUUUAUUGAAGCUCUCAAAACUGGAUGCUACAUUAACAUGGGCAUCAUCAAAGCCUUUCUCUUUACAUAGGUUCCUAGCUAAUACUGAAAUUUUCUGGUUUUCAUGUGUAACCAACAGGCUAAAGAACUUUCCAUAGAAAAAACUUUGUCUGCUGUGGAAUAUGUUUUCUUUUGAGUUACUUAAGUGGCCAAUUGCUUUCCUUUUCUUCCAAUAACAAUAUAUUCACCUAUGCAGGAAGCAUGUUUGCAUAUGCAACCUCAUAAUCUACCCAGUGGUUUCUUAUUCUAGUGAGUACUGUUCUCAUUGCUCCGACUUGCUUGUUCAAUUGUGGCGUAUGGUAUGCUUGACUUUCUAGUUUAAUUGCAGGCCAUUCGUGCUUGAAAUUAUGAUGAUUAUAUAUUGUGCCAGUGGAGUUUCUUGGAUAAAGUUCAUCUUGGAAGAGUUAGUUUCUAUUGCUCUACAGAUUCAUUUCUGUUCAAAUGUUACUUGUAUGAAUGUAAUUCCUUUGGUUUACAGGAGCUUGUUUGCGGUUGUGUCUUGUGGUCUUGAGUUGCUGUUAUCCUUCGACUAACAGGAAUAUGACAACCUGGAUAUCAAGCUUGAGUAAGUAUGAUUGUACCUUCAAUCAAUUUUUGGAUUACCGGAAUGAUGUAAACUUUGCUGGGCUUGAAGUUUUUGUAUAUUUGGUUGUAUAACUGAAAUGUGAACUUUAAAUAGAAAUAAUCGUUUUGAAAGUGUUGCUUUUGGAUUUUCCAGAUUAUAUUCUAUAGCCUUUCAUCACUUUUCCUGGACACUAUUAGCAUGAAAUUGUUUCAAGAUGACCUUUUGUCUUUGUUUGAUGUCACGUCUCAGUUUUACAUAGCAUCUGAUAAAGAUCUUCAAGCUGCAAGUAUAUUUAGUUUACUUGAAAUUCUAAUAACACUCAGUUGUCUUGUAUAUUGAGAUGUUGAAAUUUAAUUUUUUUUCUUUUUGUUGCUGAUGCUUUAGUUUAGGCCAGUGACAUUAAAGGUAGGCUUCAUUUAAUUUGGUGUGUCACAUUGUUGUUGUUCAUUUUAUAAUCUCAUCUGUUGGUAGGAUCGACAUGGUUGCCUGUAGGCGGAGUUCUGAAUGUUGAGAAGUUCCAAAGCCUUGCAUCUUUUUUGACAUUAACUGAAACCCAUGGGCUUUGGUUGCGCUGCUGCAAUUUUAGCAUUUCAAUGUUUUGAUUGGAGUUGAAGGGGGUAAUAAAGAGGAAUGAAGAUGAACGAACCCUUCCCCUUACCUCUUGUUCUGAUGGCUUUCAAGGACAUACAAGAUAUGAAAGUAAGGGUAACAAAAGAACUGGACUCGAUGUUGAUUAAUGUUGAAGUUUCAUUUCUUGACGAUAGGCUGUUAUCAAUUGCACACGAAUGAAGAAACAAAGAUUUCUCUGAAAAUUUAAUCUGGGUUGAACCAUGUAUGUUAGGAUAUACACCUUUCACCAGAUACUUCAUUUACUUUGAAUUUUUUUUUUUUUUUAUCAGUUUGACUUAAUGGUUUCGUUUUGAGAGUUAUUUGCCAACAACAAUACUGUGAUGAAGAUGCAAUUUUUUCAGAGUAUCAGAAUUUUCUACCGACUCAUGUGGGACUAAAACUGAAAUGGUAUCCACUCUCCAUGGUGAAACCAUGUCGUCUUCUCUUUCAAGGCAUGCUAAUUCACCAAAAUUCUCUAACCCACUUGCAUCCACCUUUGGCCUGCCAAAAUGUACAGGUUGUAUAUCAGUGUUUUUUGUGUACUAUUAUCAGUCAAUUAACGCCCAGAGAGAAGAUCUCUUGCAGCAUAUAGAAAGAUGCUCUGAAAUCUAAUAACUGGCCCACCAUGA